AUGAACAAAAAGAUGCAAUGUCCAAACACCUACCUGCUGUCCUGGCUCGCUCUGAGCGACUUAAGUUUUGGAUUCAUCGCCGAAACAAACAUCUAUUUAUUAGUAAAUGGCGCCAAAGGCCGUCUGUAUGGAACAUAUAUGUUUCACACUUUGCAUUCGAUUCUAAUCUUGACUCUGCUUUCGAUCGAAAGAUACCUUGCGAUUUUAAAGCCAUUUUACUACAAAGCUAAGGUUACCAAAUCUCUCGUAGCAAAACUCCUGUGGAUAAUUUUGGCCUUCACUGCAGUCGUUACUGCACCAGGUUACUAUCUAUUGGGAAACAGUUAUAACAUGCUGGAAGUUUGUGCAAAAUCGAAGUUAGACGAAAUUGCCACUAUAGGUUAUUUAGCCGCGCUUCUGGUGAUCUCGAUAACAGUUCCUGGCAUUGUCAUGUGUUCUUGCUACACCAGAAUAAUAAAACAUGUCUGGUUUAGCGACGAGGCCAAAAAUGCAAAGAACAAAGCCCUUUUGAGAUCUCGGUGGAAAUUGACCAAGAUUUUCAUAGCUGCGACAAUAGUUUUCGCCGUUAGUUGGUCGCCAUCUUUUGGAAAGCUUUCUGCCAAAAGCUUUCGGUGCAGCGAACGUUUUGUACUUUACGAAGCAAUCUAUAUUUUGUUAGCGCUGUUAGGAUCCACGGCUAAUCCCAUAAUGUAUUCGUUUCGUUGUUCAGGAUUCAGACAAGCGGUGAAGGAGUUGUUCAGCAAAAAGUGCUGCAGAAAACAUCGUAUCAACUCAAGAAAAUCAAUGCUAAACAGUGUAACAGGCAGGAGACCGCGUUGUGACCAAGUAAGGCAAAGUGACGUGAUACUUCUUAGUGUUCGAAAGGCAUAG